AUGGCAACUGUGCAAAUGACUCGUCAGUCCCGGCUAGCAGACGAUGCCGCGACGGCUGCCCUAUAUGUGACGCACCCUGAACGUAGGGCAUCUCUCUGCGCCCCAACCGCAACCAAUACCCAGCAUUUCAACCCACGCGUGGUCGGUGGUACUCCAAACCUCAGCCACGCCUCCGCUGCCUCGGCUCUCGCACACGCGAAUCGCAAACCUGUCGAAGUAUGGCGGCCCCCGGUUAGACAGCCUGCUGCCGAGAAGGCCGCAUUAUGCGUGAAGGAUUACACUGCGCCCCAGCAACCCCAACCCGCCAUCCAGCACAGUGCAGAGGGACUAGGAGCUGCAAUGCUCGCUGUUCGUGAACAGAGAGCCUCGGAGACCCCUACAUCCGCUGCCUACAGACGUGGCAGUUCAGCAACAGAUCGCUACCACCAUACAGCCGUCGGUGGCGACCCGAAGGACAAGGCGCUCAAGGCCGCGUCGGGCGCUUACACGCUCUCGCGUAAGAGAGCCGACUCGGCGCCCAGUGACCCAGGGGUUACUUCCGAAUUACCAUACGGCCGUCCAGCCGCUGCUGCAUCGCGACAUGUCCGCGUGGAGGAGGAGGGCACCCUGGACCACUUAGACCCUGCUAUAGAAGCAAGCCGGAUCCAACAUGCGGCUAACACUAACCCGAAGCUGUAUACUUCAUCGCCACCUGUCCAAAGCGAAAUCGAGGAACAAAACUACAGGAACUCGCAACGCGCUGCUGCCAUCUCAAUGGCAAAGGACAUGUACAGAGUCACCAGCACCAAGAAAGAAUCCGGGCAAUCCCCCGCCCUCAUAGCAGCCCAAAAAGGACAGAGUCAACUGGGCUACCGCAAGACCGUAUCCACGGCGGAUGGCGCUGCCGUCCGGCGUGCGAUUGCCCUACAAGAAGCAGCACAAAAGCGAGCUGCCGAGAAGCUGGCGCUUAUGCAGGAUGAGCAUGCUGACUACCAGCGAUAUUAUGGCACUGCACCUCAACCACAAAGGUCACGCUUAACCACCCGCCGCAAGAGGACUUCGAGCGAUGCAGAUGCCUCUCAGAUUGACGCGGAGCAGUCGCGGCAAAUCCGGAGCCAGAUGACCAGCCUGCGGACCAAGUUGGACCAAGUAGAUGAGCGAAAGACAAAGGAUCGUGAAUUGCUUAUGCAGGCUGCCCGCCGCAAUGUGGACCAAACCCUCCAGGACAUGGAGGCGCAAGUUUACGCGAACACCGGUCGCGCUCCGCCUUCCGUGCAGAAAGGGUGGGAUGAAAUUGCCCAGGAACGCGUGCGACGGGAGGCAGAGGAUUUUGAAGCCGCCACCACCCGAGGGGAUCGAGUGAACAUCGGCGGCCAAAAAUAUAUGGACAUGGCCGACAUCGAUGCUGUUGCUCGGUCUCGCCUUCAGCCUGCUCUCGACGAAAUUACCGAGAAUGCCGAGCUACGGAGAGCCCAUGAUAUCGAAGCCCGUCUGGACGCUGAGGAGGAGCAGAGACAUGCUGCUGUGGAGCGUCAACGCGAAGCUGAGGUGAAGGAAUUGGAGAAGCAAGAAAAAGGUGCGAGCAAGUGCGACAAAUCCGAGGGCAAGAUUCCAAAAUUCUUCUUGUGGAGGAAGAAGGGCAAACGAGCUCGGGUUGAGAAAUCCGAGACCGAAGAGGCUCAACCUGUCUCACCUGUCUCCCAGGGAGCUGUAGUAGAGCCGGCUCCGACUACAGCCCCGGACAGCAAUAUCUCGACCGUGACCAUCCCCGAGCAAGCUUCUAUUGAGACAGAGGACAAUGUUUCGAGGAUCACCAUCCCCGAGGAAACUUCUAUUGUGACAGAAACACCCGGUCCCGCGACCGUUAUUGCAGCCGUCUCCUCGGUCCCGGAGACUCAACCUUCAAAGCCGGACGAGAACGACGUGCCCGCGGCAAUCCCACGGCGGCCGACACGAAGCCAGACCGAGCCCUCUCAGGUCGAGCAGCGAGAUGCAGCUGCCUCAGGCCCAACAAUCGUGCACUACUUUACGCCACCAGUCACAAGCCCGCGCGCCGAUACUAAGCUCAAGAACUGGUUCCGCGACCGUCUCGUUCGCCGCUCCAGUGGCCCAGUCCCCAUCUACCCGCACCAGCCAGGCCCGGACGUUAACACAGACAAGGAACCCGCCUUUCAAGGCGGCGCCACUCUAACCGGCCGCGACGAGCCCCGCCGUGCAGCACUUGGCUCACACCCCCCUGGCGUGGGUGAACCUGUCGCGACCCACAACAGGUCUUCGAGCUACUACAGCAACGACCUUGAUGUGACCAAGAUUGACAGUGCCGACUCUUUGCCAAACUCUACCAAGCAAAAUGGCAACGGCAAGAAGAGGAACCGUCUGAGCAGGACGCUCCUCAGAGCCGUCUCCCGUAGCCCCGAUCAGUCGAACGAUGAUGACUCCCGUCAUGACUCGGGGGUUCAAUCUUCGUCUAAGGAUGUCGGCGGUGAUGAGAGUCUGAAAAAUGAAGAUGGUACUGUUGGGCAGAGUCUUCCUGUGCCACCUACUAUUGCCGAGACGGUGAACGGGAGAAGAGAAUCCCGAUUCUCCGAAAAUCUGUGA